GAUGAUGAUGAUGAUGAUGAUGAUGAUGAAUGUAAAUUUGGAGCCAAAGGUGCCAGCCCUGAAUCUCCCAAAGAAACCCAGGAGCCAAGAAUCCUGAGCCCCUUUUGGCCUGAGAAUAAUGAGCCUGCAACACUCCCUUUCCGCCACCAGAGGGCGCCCCAGGACAGGGAGUCAUCAUCAUAAUGCUAAGCAUUGGGCCGCAGUGCGCCUUUUGAGCCACAGGAGGGCGCCCGAGAGAGAACCAGGAAGGAGAGCACGAAAACGCCUGAGAGCCGGAGCGUAAUGGCGCUACGCUGAGCUCGCAAUGGCGCUUUCGCCUUCCUGCUCCCACUCCCAAAAUGGCGGCGGCUGCAGAGCCCUUCGGGGCCUUGGAGGAGGACACUUCCCAUCAUCCCCAGAAAGCGGGGGAACGCCCCCUGGAGCCCCAGCUCAAACGCUUUGGAAUGAAAAUACCAUCAUCCUCUGCAUUUCUGUCCGAAGACCCCAAACAGCCCUCCGAGGCGGACCCAGCAAAGUCCCUCCGAGAAACAAAAAAUGGGGUUGUCAACCAGACAGAGACGCCGCAAGAAAUGGGUAAAAUGGAGGCGACCUCGAAUUCGAGCCAAGCGCCGGAUCGAGGUCCGGAUGCCAUCGCAACGACGCCUUUUCGCCAAACCGUUGCAGAGAGCGUCACCGAAUAUAAGACCCGGAGGCUGGCCAAGCCCAGCAUCACCGUCCGCUCCGUCAACGGGACGUGCAACAUCAGCGCCAACUGCGUCGCCAACGGAGACGACGGAGACGUGCAUUAUCUCUGGUCACACACUGCGACUGACAUGAUCGUCUCCAAAAGCCCUGAAUUAUGGGUCACCCAGAAGCCCCCCGACGGCUCCUUGGACUUCGUUUGCACCGUGCGCAACGCGGCAGGUGAAAACGCCAGCGCUGUUUCGUUGAAGAAUCACUGCCACGAGCCGUCUUCCUUCAUUCAAGGGGCUUCUGGGUCUUUUUAUGCCAAGUAUUUGACCCCUCCGUUGGUGGUCCUUGUGCUGCUCUUCGCCCUUUUCUUCAUGUACAGAAGAAAAAGAGGAAUCGGAACCCGUAGCAGGACAGUCUCCAUCAACGAAUCUUCAGAUUCAGACGAAGAGGACUGUCCCCAUGCGGCCGAAACAGUGCGCCCAAACGUGCCCCCAGAGGCCUUCAAGCCAAUCCCCGAAGAAACUUUGCAAACGACGGAAGCACUGAACAGUGGCGACAGCGACGAAACCCUGGAUCUCCGGGAUCCGCACUCGAGACAGACCUGAUCAUGGCUUCGGUUCUGGUUUGGCCCCGCUUCACAUUGGUCCUCCGUGGAAACUUGAGGGCCACGUUUCCCAACUUUCUUUAUGACCCUUGCAUUUUAUCAAAUAUCAAAAUAUAUCUCGAAGGGGAUGUAGCUGGACUGCAAGUCCCAUUGGCCCCAACCAGUGUGAGGAAUAAUGGGAACUGCAGUCUGGCAUUUGGAUGAAUUGACCACAAUCCGUGAACGUUUUUGUAUUGAUUCUAGUUGUGGCCUGGAGUUUGUUUCGGGGCGGAUUUUUAAGCUGGUUAGGAACUGCAGUCCAUUAUUAUUAUUAGUAGUACUACUACUACUACUAGUAGUAUGUUUAAUAAAGGAAACCCACUUGCAAACAGUACUCCAAUGGAGAAACGAUCCUGCAUUGAUCCUCCAUAGCAAACCUCUUUGGCCACUAAAGGAAGAAAGGAGCGGAAACAAAUCCCUCCGAAAGAAAAGCAAAUGAGGAAAAAUAAAGUUCUAAAAGAUGUUCCUUUUAUUUAUUAUUAUUAUCAUUAUUUUUUUAG